AUGUCGAAGUAUAACAAGAAGAUAGCCUUCAUCCACCCCGAUUUGGGGAUCGGUGGAGCGGAGAGAUUAGUAGUUGAUGCUGCAAUGGGGCUCCAAGAACUAGGAAACGAUAUUACAAUCUACACUUCUCACUGUGACAAAUCACAUUGCUUUGAAGAAGUCAGUAAUGGUGAUUUAGAUACUGUUGUUUAUGGUGAUUUCUUGCCUACAAAGUUAGCUGGAAAAUUCCAUAUUUUAUUUGCUAUUUUAAGACAAUUUUACUUGACGUUUAAGCUUAUCGUUACUGGUGAAAUCUUACAGUACGAUUACUUUAUCGUGGACCAGCUUUCUGUGUGUGUUCCUUUGCUAGAAUUGUUUGCCCGUAAAGACCUGUUUGUAUUGUUCUACUGCCACUUCCCGGAUCAAUUGCUUUCCCAAAAGGGUAGUAUAUUGAAAACUAUAUAUAGAUAUCCAUUCAAUGCCAUCGAGGAAUGGACCACCGGCUUGAGCGACAGAAUCGUAGUGAAUUCCAAUUUUACCAAGUCUAUUUUCCAUAAGACUUUCAAAAACUUGGCUAAAGUAGACCCUGGUGUCAUAUAUCCAUGCGUAGAUGUACAGAGCGCUCAAUCAGACGUUGAAGCCGAUGUCGAAGUUAGACAAUUCAUGAAGGGAGGAAGAUACUUCCUUUCUGUUAAUAGAUUUGAAAGGAAGAAGGAUAUCGCUAUUGCUAUACGAGCUUUUGCCAAAUUUAAGGAUGUUUACAAUGAACGUGAAACUGAUACUACCAAUGCUAAUAAGCCCAGGUUGAUUGUCGCCGGAGGGUUUGAUCCGAGAGUUUCAGAAAAUGUUGAAUACUUAAGAGAAUUGACUACAUUAUCUGAGCUGUUAAACCUCAAGCCCAUUACUAUGAGAGGAAAGCUCUUAGUUUUGCCUCCCUCUACAGAUGUUCUCUUCUUGCCCUCCAUAAAAUCGUCAAUAAAGACGUCCCUUAUCAAAAAGUGUGAACUUUUACUAUAUACCCCAUCUUUUGAACAUUUUGGUAUAGUUCCCGUGGAGAGUAUGUUGUGCCAAGUACCAGUUGUUGGAACCAACACUGGUGGGCCCUUGGAAUCGAUUGUAAACUAUGACUUUACUAAAGAAAGCUUAAAUGCUGGAGCCACUGGAUAUAUCAGCCAGCCAGAUGCAGACUUGUGGGGUGGAAUCUUGGUCAAGCAUUACUUUGAAGUUGCUGACGAUGUUAGAGAAAUCUUAGGUUCAAACGGAUUAACAAGGGUCAAUAAGUUGUUCCUGAGAGUUGAAAUGAGCAAGGCAUUUUGGGAUAAUUUAAUCAAAUCCCAAAAGGGUGAUAAAGGUUUCGUUUUUAAUAUAUUGAAGUUAUGGAAGGUGAACGUUUUAAUAUUAUUAUUGGCUACUUCACUAGGAGCUUACAAGUUGACCAAUUGA